AGCGCUUUUAACAACACAGGUUGCAUCAAAGCACAAAUUCCUACAACAUCUUGUAAAAGUGGACAGACAUUUUACUUUCCUGGAAUUAAAAUCGCAAGAUCAGUCAGUUUCUGGGUAAUGAAAACAGGGACAGACCUUGUGAAAUUAACCUAGAAAGUGAGAAACUCGGUGGCCACGCUGUACAAAACUGGUGUUUUUUGAGGAUGCUGCUAUUGUUGAUUUGUGACAAAAUUGAAUCCCAUGUUACAAAUGAAGUUUGGCAACUAAUUUUACUAUUAAGGGAAAUCGUUGUACUUUUUUGUUCACCAGCCAUUUCCAGCAGUCAGAUGGGGUAUUUGAGAGUUUUGAUUGAUGAGUAUCUACAUUUUAGAAGACACAUUUUUCCUGCCCACUGUCUCAGACCUAAACAUCAAUAGCCACUACCCUGACCUCAUUAUUCAUUUCGGUCCACUCAUUCGCUUAUGGACGUUUGAGAGCAAGCAUGUUCAUUUCAAACAGUGUGUAAGAAAAUUAAAUAACUUUAAAAAUCUUUGCUUUACUCUUGCAGAAAGACAUCAGCUUCUCCAGGCAUUUCUUUAUGCUGGUGAGUUCUUUCCUCCCACUAUUGUAGCAGACAAGGCAACAGAGUUUGUAGUAAGUGACUACAACGAUGUCAUUAGGGAAGCUGUAGCUGGAUAUGAUUUUCAGCCUGAAAACACUACGGUUGCUCAUGAGGCAACUGUUAAAGGAACAACAUACAAAAUAUGUUGUUAUUCAGGAAACUGAUGAAGGCUUUAUUGUGGGAAGGAUUGUGAUGACUGUCAUACAGAAUUCUUCAGUGCGAGCUGUGGCGAGAAUGUUUGAUGUCUGUCAGCGUAGUGUCCAGAGCAUGGAGGCGCUACCAGGAGACAGUACAUCGGGGAGGAGGUUGAAAGAGGACAGCAACCCAGCAGCAGGUCUACAAGGAGGAACACUGCCAGAGCCCUGCAAAAUGACCUCCAGCAGGCCACAAAUGUGCAUGUGUCAGCUCAAACGGACUCCAGGAGGGUGGCGUGAGGGCCCAACGUCCACAGGCGGGGGUUGUGCUUACAGCCCAACACCGUGCAGGACGUUUGGCACUUGCCAGAGAACACCAAGAUUAGCAAAUUGGCCACUGGCGCAACAGCACGUGAAAUUGAUCGUCAAUAAGUGUCACCUCCUAAGUGAGCAGUUUGAUUUCACCAAAGUGUGACUGACUUGGAGUUAAGUUGUGUUGUUUAAGCGUUCCCUUUAUUUUUUUGAGCAGUGUACGUGAAAUAUGACACGUCUGCAUGUUCACAAAGCAAAGAUCUCACUCUAGGCUGGCUGGCACAUCUUUUUACCCUUAGGAGAACAUCCGUCUUUAUGUGCCUCGUAUUAUAUUAUAUAUAUAUUUUUUUGUAUUCUACUUCUUGUAUCCAGAAAGGGCUGUUGUUUGAUAAAGACUUUUGUUGAUUUAUUUUACUCAUAUAUUGUUUAGGUUUUUUUUCCUUUGACUUUUUUUGGCAGAACAAACAAUAUAAUGUUAAAUGGAAACAAAGAAGGAAUAAAACAAUAAGUUGAUCCACAAAUCUAAAAUGUAGGGUAUACAGUGUAACCAAACCUCAAAAAGCAGGUUUUGUAAGUGUUUAGACUAAACUUCUUACCCCAGGAAGGAAUCUUUCUUUUUUUUAAUAGCAUCAGAUUUCUGCCGUUGUUUUAGAAGAGAGCUGCUGUGUUUCAGAGCUUUUAUUAUCUUAAAAAAUGAACAGUAACGUUUGUGCCCUGUCUUAUUUAUAUUCUGAAAGCUCACUUUCACUUUUGUUAUCCCUCCCUCUAAAAUGGGUGGUUCUUUUAAAACUGUGAAGUAGACAGCCUUAACUAAUGUUCAUUAGAACACGAAGCACCUCAGGCUUUGUUGAUAUUGUUCGGUUCAAUACAUCAGGUUCCAAAUGAACAUUUUCAUUUGAGAUUUUUUUCUGCUCUGUUAGUGAAGAUAACAUGGGUUCGUUUAUUAGCAAGUGUCUCGGUGGACAUAAUGUGCAUCAGGAGGACACGUCCAGAACUGCUUUACAACACAAGAGUCACGAUCGAUAUAAUGUGCAUCAGGAGGACACGUCCAAAGCUGCUUUACAACACAAGAGUCACGAUCGAUAUAAUGUGCAUCAGGAGGACACGUCCAAAGCUGCUUUACAACACAAGAGUCACGAUCAAUAUAAUGUGCAUCAGGAGGACACGUCCAAAGCUGCUUUACAACAAACUGAACGUAGACAAAACAAGAAGGACUUAGAGCAUGAAUCCCAAGCAAGACAUGACCUUGAAACACACAAGAGGGGUUUUGACCACUUUCAAGCAAGACAUGACCUUGAAACACACAAGAGGGAUUUUGAAUACGUUCAAGAAAGUAAACAUCAAAACAGAGAGGAGCUGAACAAAACAAGUGCAUAUCAGUACAAAGAGGAGCUGGAAAAAUGCAAAGAGCAGCUGAAAAAAAAAAGAGAUGAACUCGAACAGUACAAGAAUUCCCAGCAUGAACUCCAAGCACGAGAUCAGCUCAAAGGAUGCAAAAAAUUAAUUGAGGAUGAAUUACAAGAAAGACAUGAACUUGAACAAUGCAAGAGGGAUUUAGAGAACUUACAAGCAAGUGAAUAUCAAUGUAAAGAGGAGCUGAAACAAACAAGACAGGAACUUGAUCAAUGCAAGAAGGAUUUAGAGCGCUUCCAAGCAAGGAUGGCUUUUGAGGCAUCUGUCGACAUGGGAAGCAGCGGAGCUUCAUGUGAGGACCUUAAUAAUCCUUGCAGAGAAUCAGAGCUAAGGAAGAUGUAUGAUAAAUUGAGACUACAAAAGUUGUCAAAGCAUAUAAUGGACAUAAAAAUGAAAUCAAAGAAAGACAAAACCAUAAGUGAAACAAAUGAAAAGGAAAGGCUUAAAGCAAUGCUGAAGGAAAUUUUCGAUAAAGCUCAACAAGACAUGAGUAAAAGAAAGAAGAUUUUUAUUCUUUUUCCAAGUUGACCUUAAAAAGAGGAAGGUGAAAAAGGGGAGUUAAAGAAAACAGAAAUCAAAAAUACGAGACUGCAAACAAAGCAACUUAAAUAUAUUGAAUUGGCUAUCCAAAAUAUUCAAAUGAUAAUGUUUCACGAAGAGGCUAGAGACCUCCAGACCAUGUACAAGCAACCUGACCCUCUGUGUGAGCUGGCUGAUGAAUGUUACAAGGUCGGCUGCCUGCUGGCUUUACACAAUCCACCUCUGCUGCUCGACUGGGAGAAAAAGAGCCGUCAGAUUACCUGCCACCAAUUACGAUGGAAGACACAUCUGCAAAGACAGCUCUGUAGAUUUAAAAUCCAGCAUUAGAGAGAUUAGAGACCUCAUGUAAAGAUUGAUUUAGAUUCUAUACAUUUUAUACUUAAUAAACCAAUAGUCACUACUUUUAAUGUGAAUGGUUAGGGGUUGGAAAGCAUUCUAAUUUUGUCGCAACUUUUGCUUAGUAAAUAAUGAAAAAACGGCAUUCAAAAUCAUGUUCCUGCAUGACAUUCAGUCAGAUAUGCUUAUUUCUUAAGACUGGCUUCGCCCCAAUUUGGCCACCUGAGACCAAUUUUCAAAAUCAUCUAAUCCUGGGCUAAAAUCUGUAUUCUUUGAUCGAUUCACUGUUUUUACCUCUGACGAAAUUCUAGCAGUGUUAUAAGAUUUUGCGCAUACAAUAAUCCUCCUACAACAAACUUACUUUGUAUUUCAAGAAUUAAUUCUAUAUUAAUUCUUCGCUCUCCUCCUCAACUCGUGAGCCCGGCCUAAAGGAAAUGAUGACAGAAUUUUUAUUUUUUGGUGAACUAUUCUUUUAAGACAAUGUCUUGUGAAACUUUCUUCUGGGUGACCCUAAUUGUAAACAUUUUGAUUUUAAAUGUCAAACACAUUUUGAGUUUUACGAUGAACCCUUAAAGGCUGGAAGUGUGUGUGUGUGUGUGUGUGUGUGUGGGCAGCGCAAUCACUUCAGCUGUAUUGUUAUUAGCAAUAUCAACUUUAAACACUUACUGUCUUAAUAAUAAUGCAUCACUGUAUAAAGGUAUGCUUUUAUUUGUUUGAUACAUAGUGUUUUAUAAAAUAAAGAAAACAGAUAGUAUGUCA